GGCAAAUCAAGUUUGAUUGUGAGUUUUUGGCAACUGAAGGCAUAAUGGAUUAUAGUUUGCUGCUUGGUUUCCAUGUGAAAGGUUCAACUCAAGGUUUGUGCGGUCCUCGAGGUUUAGUCUCCACUGACUCUCUAAGUCAAGGUUCGAUUAGUAGCAGAGGUUCUAUCGAUGAAAAGAUAUUUUCCAGACACUUCGCAAAUAGAUCCUCUGUUUCCAUUAGAACAUCUUCCAUCAGUUCAGUCCGAGCUUCAAUUGAUAGCAGGAGUUCUUGUCCUGAUAGCUCUAUGCUAGAAAAUGAAGAAAAAGAGUUCAAUUUAGCUGACAGUUGGCUGCCCAAGAGUUCCUCUCCAUUUGGUCUGAAAGUCCCAGCACUUGCUGUUCCAAUAUCACGGGACAAGUCCGGGAGCAUUUCCCAUCGAAAGGCUGGUGCACAGCAGUACUAUAAUGUUUCAUUAUACUUUGAAAUAGUAGACAUUUUUCAGAAUUAUGGUGUGAGAAAGCGCAUUGAGCGCGCAUACAAGUCAUUACAGUAUAAUUCAAAGUCCAUCUCAGCUAUAAAUCCCAAAGCAUAUGCUGUUCGUUUCCAGGAUUUCCUUACCCAAAUAUUUCAAGCAGAUGAAUCAGACGACUUGAGCUCACCAAGUGAAAAUGGGAAUCUGGAUGAAGUAGCAGGCAGUUAGAUUAUUUGUCUAUGUUGAUAAUGGACUACUUAACUUAAAAUCUAGCAUGGAGUGAGGCAGUGUCGGCGGUUAAAGAAUCCUGCUGUGUGAAUCAUGAUUAUGAUGAUUCAAGUAAAAGGAUGAUGAUCAGUGGAUACUCUCAUCUUUUUACAGGUGAAUAAUGUUUACUAUGUGAAAUAUUCAGAAAACGGUUGCACUGAAAAAAGAUGAAGAAAAUGCAGUUGAUUAGGUCUAUGCUAGCUAGGAUUCCGUGUGUUGCUAUCUUAAAAGCAAGAAUCAGGAAAAGGGCUGCAUUUUAUGCAUGAGAACAUCAGAAGCAUGUUAUAACUUGUAGAAAUUCAUAAUGAUUUGUCCACGAGGUGUUUAUAAGAAAGUGUAGAAAUUCAUAAUGAUGAUUUGUGUGAUAUGAAUUCACUAAA